UUUAUAUUUGCAUAUUCUAUUUAUAUAUUCAUAUAUAAAUACAUAUAUAUACAUAUAUAUCCAAAAUACAAGCCAAUAUACCUAUGGACAUUAAAAGAGAAACAAAUAAAGAUGAAAAGAGUUUAUUAGCAGUUACAGCAAAGGGAGCAUCCUAUCUUAUUUUAUUACAGUUUAUAUCACGCAUGUUAACUUUUUUACUAAAUCAAAUUGUAUUACGUUAUGUAUCGAAAGCAACAUUUGGCAUUGCAUCUGUUAAUCUUGAACUAUUAGCGUCUACUAUUUUAUUUAUUUCUCGUGAAGGUUUCCGUUCUGCUUUAAUUCGAUCGAGUAAAAAGCCUCAAACUAUCUUAAAUCUUGCUUACAUUCCAACCUGUUUUGGUGUUAUUAUCACUUUUUUAACCUGUAUUUAUUAUUUAUCCACUAUUUCUGAGGAAGAGGCAUUCCGUUUCCCUUAUUAUCGUAUGGCUGUCUUGCUUUAUGGAGCUGCUUCAUUUUUAGAAUUGACAGUUGAACCUUUAUUUGUACUAGCAUUGAAUCAUCUUCAUUUUCAAUUACGAGUUACUGUAGAAGGUGUAGCAGUGAUUGUCAAAUGUCUAGUCACCUUUAGCUUGACCAUUUAUUUUGCAGGCAAUGAAGAAUAUAGCAUUUUGGCCUUUGCUAUUGCUCAAUUCGUAUUUGGUUUUAUUAUGAUGAUGGGUUAUUUAGGAUUUUUUUUAUAUAAAGAAAAGUCAUUUCAGAAGCUAUUACCUCAUCAAAUAGUAGAGGAAGAAGGACAUGAGAAAUAUUGGUUUGAUAAACAAUUACUUCACUUGGGAAUAACAAUGACAAAACAGUCGUUCUUGAAACAUAUUCUGACAGAAGGAGACAAAAUGCUGAUUUCAGUGUUAAGUUCGGUUCAAGAUAGAGGAGUCUAUGCAUUUGUAGUCAACUAUGGAUCUUUAAUUGUACGUAUUUUAUUUCAACCUUUAGAAGAAACUGGACGAACCUUCUUUUCUCGACUCUUACUUUCUACAGAGAAAGUAAAAAAAGAAGACUGUAAGAUGGCAGCCAAUGUACUAUUGAUAUUAAUUAAAUUUCACGUAUUAUUGGGAUUGUUAUUCAUCUGUUUUGGAACUAAUUAUACUUCGACACUCAUUGAUCUUUUGGUGGGUAAAAAAUGGUCAUUAGGAGAAGGGAAUGCGCCUGGAGUAUUAGCGAUGUAUUGUAUAUAUGUGCCCUUUAUGGGUAUUAAUGGUAUAACAGAAGGAUUUGUACAGGCAGUUGCUAGUAAAAAAGACUUGACAAGAUUAAGUUAUUAUAUGAUAUUCUUUUCUACUUGUUUCAUGUUAUCUGGAUUUAUUUUCAUGUAUAUAUUACAGUUAGGAGCCAAUGGACUUGUGAUAGCCAAUAUGGUUAAUCUCGGUGUUCGUAUUAGUUAUAGUUGGUAUUAUAUUCGAAACUAUAUGAGUAGUAAACAGGUUACACUUUCUGUAUAUCAAUGGUUUCCACAUGUUGUAACCUUAUCCUCAUUUGUAUUGGCUUGGUUUGUUACCUAUUGGUCCAAAAAUUAUAUAGGAUGGUACACAUUUAAACAAAAAGUAAUGCAUAUCACAGUUGGUGGAAUAUGUUUUUUAUUUAUUAGUUUAGUCAUAUUUUGGAAAGAAAAAGGGUUAAUAAAUGAAAUAAAGAAAAUAAAAAAAUCAAAGUAGUUGUAGUAACUACCCUAAUGGAAACACAAAGAUUUUCACUAACUUUAAAAAAAAAAAAAAAGAAAAA